UAUCGAAGGCGAGUAUGUUCCCGUGGCGGGCGACGAGGUCACCUACAAGAUGUGCACCAUCCCUCCGAAGAAUGAGAAGCUUCAGGCGGUGGAGGUGGUGAUCACCCAUCUGGCUCCCGGAACCAAGCACGAGACCUGGUCGGGGCACGUCAUCAGCUCCUGA